UAUUAUGGUCAACAAAACGAAGGGCACCAGACCUAUGACAAGGGUGCGUCUAUGGUGGCUAAAAUGGCAGCGGAGGAGAAAGCUGGCGAGAAUUCUACGCCAGAAAGUGAGGAAACUAUCGACGAAGAUUACGAUUUCAGCGAAACCGAAGACAUUUACGAGGUAGAGAAGAUCCUGGGCGUGACCAAGCAUGAGGGGAAGCCCUUGUACCGGGUGCGUUGGCAAGGCUACGGACCAGAGGAAGACACCUGGGAGCCCAGGGAGAACCUUCUGACCUGCGAGGAUCUCGUGGAAGAGUUUAUUGAGAAGCAGAAGCAACGCAAGCAGAAGAUCAGCCAGAACCUAGCCAAGAGAGACAAGAAACAACCUUCCAAGAAGCGCACCCCGCCCAAAGAGCCCUCCACAGCUGCCCAACCCAAACGGAGGAGGUCCUCAGAGAAAGACACCUCAGAUGAUAACAACGAGGCGGCCAAUGGCCAAUCCAAGAGAAAGUCCUCUUCCAGCGAGGACGAAGGACCUCCACCCCUCAAGGACCCCUUUUGGGACAAUCUAGAGAAGGGCCUGAUCACCUUUGACGGUGACAUGUACUCUAAGGUCAAGAGCCGGCGGGCCACCUUGGAUGCCAAGAAAGCGAGCCAGUUCUCAGAGAGUGCCAGCAGAGACAACGGGCAACUGGAGAGUAAAGUGACGCCGACGGAAGAGGAUGGGGAGGACAAGGAUGCUGAGGAGGAAGCAACCCCAGACAAGGCAGAAGACAUCAAGCCGAGCAUCGUCAAAGAAGAGCCCUUCUUUGGAGAGGCUGGGAUGCUGCCAGAAGACAUGUACUCCAAGGUGAAGAGCCGGAGAGCCUUCCUGGAUGCCAAGAAACUGGAGGCAGCCGAGGAGGAGUUGAAGCAAGCCAAAAAGGCCAAGAAGGAGCACAGGCAACACCGGCAUCGUCAUCACCGCCAACGCCACCGUCGUCACCAUCACAAGAAGUCCAGCAAGGAUGGCCCCAGGAAGCCCAAGACCUUAAUCGACCUGGAAGCCAUCGGGUCCCUUGAGACAGCUACCCAGAAGACGCUGAGCAUGAGCCCCUCUGUUCUGGAGAGAGAGACCAAUGCUGCUAACAUGUUCCACACGCCUGAUUCUUGCUUGUCCAUGGAAGAAGUGCUGACUGUGGCUAAGCUGGAGGAGAAGACGAGGAAUGGGACCUAUGGGAGGCAGCUCUCGGGGCAGUCGGCUGAGGAAGAUAGUGAGGGAGACAAGACGAAGAGAGUGCUAUCGCUGAAGUUUGAGUCAACUGCUGGAACAGCAGCCACUACUCCAGCUGUUCCUCUGACGCCUGUGACAGACCUUUCACAACCCCAGGCAGUACAGCUGUCCCCUCUCCAAUCUACCUCACACUCAUCCCCCGUGGGUCACUCCCCAACCUUUCACCCCUCCCUGGACUUUCCACCAGUCCCCCCAGUGAGCACCGGGAUUAUCCCAGACACGCCCGAGUCGCCCGACGAUUCGCAGAAGGGUCCAGGCCCCUCAGUGUGGAAACCAUGGGAGGUGAACCAGCAGUGCAGUACCAGCAGCGGCAGCAGCAGCAGCAGCACCAGUGCCACGGUGUCAGUGUCCAGCUGCGAGAUGACUGCCACCGAGCAAGGCAUGAUGGGAAUGUCCCGUCCAAAUGACACCGUCCAGGACCUGGGCCAGGACCUGGCUGACAAAGUGUCCCUCCAAUCCCAAAACAUCCCCAGCCCAACUCUCAAAGAGAUCCCUCAAACCAUCCCUCAUAACAACAACAACACUGCCAAAUUUCCAGAUAUUCCUCUAAUGACCUCCGUUAACACCACAACGUCGUCAAAUGCUGCUCCGACAACUGUCUUCAACCCACUGCCGACCGUGAGCUCUGCCAAACCAUUCACUGCAUCCCCGAACUUUGACCUCGCAAAGCCAUGCGAGUACAAGAUACCAGAGCCUCAAGUGUUGACCCCGGUUCCGGACAAGGUGCCCGCAUGGCUGGAACUGCAGAACUUUGUGAACAGGGAUCCGAGGUUGGUAGGACGGCCUCUUCCGAAGACUGUUCACGAGAAGGGCUCUCAGCCACCAGACUUGGUUCCGUCUAACAUGUCCCAGAGCCUUGGCAGUGAUUCCGCAAGAGGUGUUUUUGUUGGUCAGCCAUGCCAGGGAUCUCUACCUGGGAGGAAUGCGAACGAGAAGCAGUACCAAGGAGCCCAUAUGAAGACAGAUGUGAAGACUUGCAAAGAUAUCAAUGAAAAGAAGCAGCGUAAGACAGGCCCGAACCCAACCAAACCAGGUAUUAAACCCUCCCUCAAACCAUCAAAGAAAGACCGUCCGUCCCAAAAAUGUCCCGCCGCAGAGGACGGGAAGAAAGAGCCCAAAAAAUCCUCCAAGACCUCCAGGAAGAAAGAGAAAACAGAUAAACCAAAAGCUGAGCGUGGCAAAUCCAAGAAGAAGAUACGUUCGGUCAGAGAACCUGCUUUGCAUGAUAGUGGUGCUCUGCUAUUAAGUGAGCCGUCUCUUUCUAGUGAAAUUCAGGAAUUGCUCGCACAGGCAUGUCCUAAACAAGGUGGUAUUGAGUUUGAUUUUGAGGAGGAUACGUCACCCGACGAGCCAUGGGUCAAGCCAGGACUGUCCCCCAUCAUAUUAUCCAAUGAUGCCCUGAAGCAGGCAGUGAAGGAUGGUCUGACCGAGCGCGUCCGUGAGGCCCUCUGGCUGAACGGCUCCCACGACCUGGAGCAGCAUGACCCCAUCUGUGGCUCCACACUGCUGAUGCACGCCUGCAUGAACAGACACGAUGAAAUCGCCAAGCUGCUGAUCGCUAACGGUGCCCUGGUCAAUGUGCUGCAGACCAAGAGCGGCUUGACACCCUUGAUGUUUGCUACGGAUAUGGGGUACUACAACAUAGUAGCCAUACUCCUAGAAGCCGGUGCCCAUGUCAACCUGCAGCAAGCCUCAACAGGAGAAACGGCCAUGAUGAAGGCUUCUAAACGAGGUCACGCCCAGAUUGUCAACCUGCUGCUGAUGUUUGGAGCCAACUGGGCCGUUACUAGCCCAUCUGCCAACACGUCCUUGGAAUACGCCAUCCUGUACAAACAUCCCGAUGUCUAUGACAUCAUAGGCAACCACAUCAAUGGGGUGGUCAUGCAGUUUGAGAAUACUAUCAACCAGUACCUGUGCGGCACGGCCAAGCUCAUGAAGCCAGUGUUUCCCCUUCAGUGCUUCCGGAUCCGUGAGAGUACUGAACACCAUAUCUACCUCAAUCAUGACACCAGACAGUACUCUCACAACCAAGGUUGUGGCAAUGUGUUGUUCAUCGGUCAUGCUCAGAUCGGCUUGAACGGUCUGAUGUGCCGACUGAAUGGCCACAGCUUUGUCUACAAGGUGACACUCAACGGGCAAGACCUUCCCCAACUGUCUCAGGGUUCCAAUUUUCUACUCUCGUUUCUACCGAAGAAUGGCCGUAAUUUGAUAACGGUUAAGACCAUCUGUGACCCCUACACUAAGAUGCUGCUUCUCGUCGGUGCUUACUCGCUGCAAAUAAUGUCGGACGGACCUCAAAUAGGCUUCUAAAAGGCCACACUAGACUGAGGUACAAGUAGAAGUACGUGUAGUAUUGUGUUAGUUCUCUCUACAGCAGUACGUUGAAUUAGCAUUGUUUAGUCAAAGACACUGGAACAAAUCACAUUUUGGAUACAGUUUUCGCUGUAAUUAUUGGGUUGAUUUGAUCAGCGUUCGUCCGAGGUAUGUGUAACAGAAUUGUUGCAAUCAAGUUGCUCUGCAUGGGUCGUGAACGUAAGAGGCAGCAGUGUAAGCUAUUGAUGAUAUAUAAAUGAGGGGAACAUGGAUAUGUACGUGUAUGUAGUUGAGUUGGCUUAACGAAGCUGUACCAACAUCCGAUACUCUGAAAAUGCUGGGAUUGCAUUAUUUCUUAAACAACAUGCAAAACAGUAUCUGUGAAAACAGAAUAUUUCUUUUUUUAUGUCAAGAUAUUGUCUUACGGAUUUUUCACGCCAAUUGUUCCACACCAGUGCAGUGUGGUAGUUGACUCCAUCUCAAUUCCAUCUCAAGUCGGGUCACUUGUACAGCACAAGUCAAUUCACAAGUCUGGUCACAAGAGAAUGUACAGUAACAAAAGGAAUGCAUUUGUCACAGUUCAUUUGAAUAGCUUGUGACUUGACUUGGGAUUGACUCGCGAUAGACUCACGGUUUGUCCACAGAAGAGUCUGUGGCAAAUCCAUGGUCGGUGAUAUAAUGCAUUCUGCCUACUGAAGGCCAGAUGGGUUUUACAAGCACAGCAAGCUGGUAUGGCCAAGCGAAAUGUAUGUAUACAAUGUGUACUAUAUAUACAAUGUAUACAACG